UGGUCCGUGAUGCACGUGGAAAACAUGUAAUUGCAUACAACCUAUGUUGUGUACACACUCGUUAUUUGGUCCUGGAGAACUGGGUGUUUUUGUUUAAAUUAAUCCAUGUGAAGAUUGUAUGAAAUUGCCAUACAAGUGUUUAUUAGAAUAUUAUCUAAAACCUUUAUUCUUCAGAAAAAUACAGUCAUGAGCGCGCUGAAGCUGUCGCCCUUUCAACAAGAAAAACUACAGUAUUAUUUCAACUUCUUUGUUGUUUCAGAUUCGGACGGUAACGGACAACUGGAAUUGAGCGAUCUUGAUGGAUUCAUGAAGAAAGUGUUGGACUUCACAGGAUGGGACGUGGACUCUCAGUGUGCACGCGAGUGCCAUGAGGUGCACGAGUGCUUCUUUCACACCCUGAUGGAGAAGGCGGAAAAGGGAUCCGAUCGCAUCAACCUUGCAAAGUGGUUCCGGAUGUGGGACGGACUGAUUCCCGGCUGCAUGUCCAUGAGAAACUUCCCCGUCUGGUUAAGGCUGCUGCCAAAGUCUCUCUUCAGAAUCAUCGACAAGAAAGGUGAUGAAAAAAUUGACGCCAAGGAGUUGGCAGAUUUCUACGUGAAGUUUGUCGGUAUUCCGGAAGGCAAUGUGACGUCACUCGUUAACUACGCCAUGGAACAGAUGACAGACCACGGGAAGUACCCCCUCACUCUGGAUAGCUACAACCAAAUGUUUGCCAACUUUCUCAUCGGGCGGACGCCGUACGGACCGGGCCGCUUCAUCUUCGGCUGCUUUGAGCACAUGGUGCAAAGGACGGAGUUCCAACUCAUCCAGGGACCCUCGGACAUUCUGCAAGAUCCUCUCAGUGAGUUCAAACGUCUCCAGAUAGCACAACACUCUCCGCAGACGCCCAACUCUCUCGUUAAAGUCAAAUUCUUCCGCGCUGCCUAGCAACGACCACCUGACAGCCUAGCCACUGACGCUUGUUUUUCUCGUCUUACAACGACCCAGUUGUGUCGAAAUGAUAAUUAUUGUAUUGAAACAUUCCGAUAUACGUGUAUGAUAAUGUAUAUUUGUCCUUUGCGCCACGUGGUGGUUCGUAAAGAGUGUCUGUUGUGUGCCGAGUCAGUUUGCAGCAAUAAAGCAUUUCACGUUCAAAA